GAGGCCGGGUGGGCGUCUCCGGUGGGUGGCCCGCUGGGCGGAGCGAGGCGCGGCGCAGGCAGGGUUACCGCGGGCCGGGCCCUUGGCCCCACCCCCGAGGAGGCGGGCGCGCAGCCCGAGUCUGGCGGCCCUGGGCCCCGCGCAGCUCCGCAGGCGCUCGGUGCCUCGGCCCCGACUCCUGACCUGGGCCCGGCCGCCCGAGCCUCACCAUGUCCCUGGCGGGGCUCUGCGGGCCCGCGCCGCUCGCUGCCAUCGCCUUGCUGGUGCUGGGGGCCCCGCUGGCGCUGGCCGGCGAGGACUGCCUGUGGUACCUGGACCGGAAUGGCUCCUGGCAUCCAGGCUUUGACUGCGAGUUCUUCACCUUCUGUUGCGGGACCUGCUACCAGCGGUACUGCUGCAGAGACCUGACCUUGCUCAUCACAGAGAGGCAGCAGAAGCACUGCCUGGCCUUCAGUCCCAAGACCAUAGCAGGCAUCGCCUCAGCUGUGAUCCUCUUCGUUGCCGUGGUUGCCACCACCAUCUGCUGCUUCCUCUGCUCCUGUUGCUACCUGUACCGCCGGCGCCAGCAGCUGCAGAGCCCGUUUGAAGGCCAAGAGAUUCCCAUGACAGGCAUCCCAGUGCAGCCAAUGUACCCGUACCCCCAGGACCCCAAAGCUGGCCCUGCACCCCCACAGCCUGGCUUCAUGUACCCACCUAGUGGUCCUGCUCCACAGUAUCCAUUCUAUCCUGCUGGCCCUCCCAUCUACAACCCUGCAGCUCCGCCUCCGUAUAUGCCACCACAGCCUUCCUACCCUGGAGCCUGAGGAACUGGCAGUGUCUCUACUGUCCCUUUGGGACACCAACCCGGGGAGAUGCCCCCAUCCUGUACUUGCGUCUGACCCUGGGGGUGGGCAAGGGUCCUCUGGCCAUCAGGCCGUAGACUAAGCCAAGCCCUGGGUCCCAAAAGGGACAGAGCCUCAGGGAAAUGGAACAGGAAAAUGAGCUGGAACCAGGCCAUAAUUAAGGGGUGGGUGGGGAGGGUUUGGGACUGGUGAACUUAUUUUUAUUGGGGGAUAAGGGAGCGA